CAGCGCGCUUCUUGUCUGUUAUUAGCCUCGUAAAACCCCCCGACUACUCUCUCUAUACGAGUCCACCGUUUUCUCUCUAACAGUCCAACAAUUUUGGACUCAGAAACCCUAGAUCUUUCUUAGUUAUGGAGGUGGCAUCUGAAACGGUGGAGAAGGUUGAGUCCUCUCGAUCCAUGGAACAUUCUCCCUCUAAGUCAUCCUUGGACUCCGCCUCCGAAGCCUCCGAUCAGCCGGAUCGCACCGAUCCAUCCAACGCUUCUCCUAAUCCACUCAAGGAUGUUGAUUUUCUUCAGUCUCCAGCGGCAUUGAAGAGUGAAGAGUAUCGACAGCUGUUCCGUCUUCCACUUGAGGAAGUACUUGUUCAAGAUUUUAAUUGUGCAUUGCAGGAGAGUAUUCUUUUUCAGGGUCAUAUGUAUCUGUUCGUUCGUUAUAUUUGCUUUUAUUCCAACAUAUUUGGGUUUGAGACAAAGAGAAUAAUUCCAUUCCAAGAAGUCACAUGUGUAAAAAGAGCGAAGACAGCGGGGAUUUUUCCUAAUGCAAUAGAAAUUUUAGCUGGGGAAAAGAAGUAUUUCUUUGCAUCUUUCCUAUCUCGUGAUGAAGCUUUCAAGCUCAUUAAUGAUGGGUGGUUGCGACAUAGUGAUGGAGUCAAAGCAAUUUCAGAACAGCAGGAGUCAGUAUCGGAUGGUUGCUUAGAGAAUGGAAUUGUUGCAGAUGAAGAAGUAAAGAGCUCUGAAGAGCCAGUCAAUGAAUUGGAUUCCAUUGACAGGAAUAAAGAUCCUCCGCUUUCUAAAGAUUCUAAGCUUCCAUCCGAUGCCGAAGAUGACAUUGUGCCAAUAACACCUGCAGACCAGCAAGAUAAUGUGGAACAGAAUGUGGAAUCAGUUCCAAUUACUGACUCUUCGUCUUCUGGAAAUAUUUUGACAUGGAAGCAGGAGAAUUCUGUUGCACCUAAGGUACCUGAAUAUUACUGCAAUGUUGCAGAGGCAAAGUUUCCGAUAAAGGUGGAGGAGUUUUUUACUUUCUUUUUUUCGGAUGAUGCUGUGGAUUUUAUUGAAUCAUUUCAUAAAAGAUGUGGAGAUAAAGAGUUCAGGUGCACUUCAUGGUCCCCUCACGACAAAUUUGGGCAUGCCCGUGAUAAGUCAUUUCAACAUCCAAUAAAACUAUAUUUUGGUGCAAAAUUUGGCAGCUGUCGGGAGGCUCAGAAAUUUCGUGUUUACAAAAACAGUCAUUUGAUUAUUGAGACAUCACAAGAAGUCAAUGAUGUACCCUAUGGAGAUUAUUUCACUGUUGAGGGGCUUUGGAAUGUGGAGAGUGAUGGUGAUGAAUCAAAUGGAGGCUGCAUUUUGCGGGUAUAUGUGAAUGUGGCUUUUUCCAAGAAAACCAUGUGGAAAGGGAAAAUAGUGCAGUCCACUGUGGAAGAGUGUCGAGAAGCUUAUGCGAUCUGGAUAUCCCUUGCACAUGAAUUGUUGAAGCAAAAGAACCUUGAAAAACAAGAGGAAAUUCGCAGCACUCGCACUGCUGAGAACAGUCGAGCUCAUUUAGAAAGGCAAGUAGAGAUGGAGGAAACUUCAGAAAGGUCACAUGAGGCAGCCAACUCUUCAAAGAUCCCUCAUAUGUGCGAUUCUAGGGAUGUUAACCAUGGUAAUCUCUUACAAGGAAAUACAGUUACUUCCUUUUCAUCUCUAUUGAGCGAAUGGAUGGUGAAAUUUUCGACUUUGAAAAAUCAAAGACAUCUUCAAUUACUCUUCCUUAUCACCUUUGUUCUGAUCCUCCUCCUGAUGCAGUUAAGCAUAGUUGUGCUGUUAGCCAGACCCCAGAGAGUCCAGGUCAUUUCCCAAGCAGGCUACAUGAGUGGCAUGGACAUCUCGGGUUCAGGUGAAAGAUCGUCGGAAGCGGUCGCAUGGUUGGAGAAGCGGAUUCAUCACCUCAAGGACGAGAUGUUCAUGGUAGAGGCUCGGAUUGAGAGGAUGCGGCGGGAGUACGUACAGUUGAAAGCACAACUGAAAGACCUAGAGCAUCUCCGGCAGCUUAAGAAGACAAUAUAAUAUCAAGCAACUUCAUCACAGAGUAAAUAUUCGUCACACCCACCUCUUUUUGAUUCUUGAUUGUAAAUCAUAUAGCCCUAUGAAUUUCCAAUAUAUUUGAAAUCGGACUCUUUUUUCAUUAACCACAAAUUAAAAUAUCACUUGUGGCGUUACUAAUUUAUUUUUACUAUUUUGGAUAG